GUCAGAAGUUCAUUUCUUUUUAGGGCUGAAUCUUCUUCCUGGGAACUAUUGCACAGAAACACCCAAAUUACUUCUACCAAUUUCCCCUGGCCCUGAAAAUUAACACAGAGAACCUUUCAACACAUUUCUUCUCCAGACUGGGAGGGCUCUGAGGAAAGGCCAUUGUUACUGGAAUAAGCAAGGGCAGGCUGGGAGUGGGGUCUCAGGGAAAGACGCCCUCAGGAGGUACCAGGGAAUCCCCAAAUGGAUGGGAGGGUCUCAGCAGUAACUGAAUUCAGGAUGUGGUGGAGUCUCAGACUGGGUGCUAGUUCUCUGGCCGUGGGGUGAGGGGCUGGUGCUGCAUGACAGGGAGAGAGGACGGCUCACCGUGUUCCUGGGACACCAGCCCCACGGGAGACAGGGAAGGCUAGUGUGCCUUCCCGAUGGACUGGUGGUGGGAAAAACUCAGCCUGGAGGAGACAGCCGUGUGCCCGGGGUAACCAGAAGGAAUUACGUCUCCUUCAGCCAAAGCAGACAGCCCCUCGUCCUGGGCUCGCUUUAUCCAAAUGGGAGCAAGAAGGAGGAAACAAUUGAAGACGCUUCCAGAUGUGAGAUGUGUGGUGGCAGAGACUGUGCCCGGGAGAUUCUGAAAGGCCUCACUGAAGUGACCUAGGCUGUGACCAGAAGGACAAGACUGAGCCACGCCUGCGUAGGUCCGGGAACAGGGAGUCGGGGGAAAGGCGCUGUUGGUGCAGAGACUCUGGGGCAGAAGUGAGCGUGAGCAGAGGAGGUCAGAAAGCUGCCCAGGCGGCUGGAGGGAGCCUGAGAAGCAACAGGAGCUGCGGCAGGGGCGGUGGUUAAUAGGGCCAGAUCAGGGAACCCGGGAGUCUGCGUUCAUUUGGGUUUCUCUCUCACAACACCGCUCCCAAAAGUUGCACCUCUGAAGUACGAAUAUUGAACUUCUCCCGGUUUCCGUGGUCUAGGCAUUGGGCACGGCUUAGCUGGGAGCCUCUGCCUCCAGGUCUCCGUGAAGCAGGACCUUCAGUCUCAACUGAGGCUAGACUAGGGGAGGAUUUGCUCCCAAGUCACUCACACGGGUGGUGUCAGGAGUCAUUGGGACUGAGAGUCUGAGUUUCCAUGUGACUGUUGGCUGGGCGCUCCCUCAGAUCUCGCCUCCCUUGGCCUCUACAUAGGGCAACUGAAAUCAUCGCCACUUGCUAUCUCAUUUCCAGAAAUGUGACAGAGAGAGCGCUCAAGAGAUGGAAACAGAGGGGGAGAUAAAGGGAGGGAACUCAGGAAAGCAAGCAAGAGGGAAGUGACAGAGUUUUUGUAAUUAAAACUUGGAUGUGACAUUCCAUCAGCUGGGCUGUAUUCUAUUGCUCAGAAACCAGUUACUCAGGAUGUAGUGGUUCCACAAGGAUGUGCACAGCAGGAGGGAGGGAGCGCUGGGAGCCUUGGUGGAGGCUGCCCACCACAUAGGCCGACAAUGAGGCGCUUGGGUCUGGUUCUAAGGCCAACAGGAGACUGGGAAAGGUUGAAUGCUAGUGAAUGACAAUAUCUGAAUUUCCUCCAACUUCCAACCCUUGAAGGCGCAGACCUGACAAUGAGCCCCCAAGGGGCAGUGACUUUUCCCAAAUCACACGGCUGGAAUCCAGGCCUGUUGGGAGAGGUAUUCCCGACUGCAUCCACCCCUUCUUGUAAUUCUUCCACCUCUAAGUUCGGGGACCAGACCCAGGUGGCACCACCUCCCAGAUAUGGGAGGCGUUAUCACAUGUCCACCCGAAGACGUCCCUAGGAAUGUGUUUCUAGCGCCAUCCCAUCGUGCAGGUUGGGAGACUGGGGAGGCCCUGAGAGGCACAGUGGCUUUUCCAGGACACAGAACUGCUAGGAAAAAGGCGAUCCGAACUGGGCGCUCUCUCUUCAAAGCUGGGGCGCUGGUUCCGAUCCCAAGGAGCUGUGGGGAGGGCUGUGAUGGAACUUUCUGUACAGCUCGGGAGAUGUCACGGGCAAGGAGGGUGAGCGGUCAACAGCCCCGAGGGGGCUUUGGGUGGGUCUGAUGGAGGGAAGGGCCCCCCAUCCUGGAACCUUGGAGACAUGACCUCACUUCCUUGGCGACCGACCCCAACAGAGCUUAGAACUCUGGUCACCAGGCAGCCAUUUUGUACACAUAGCCCGUUUGACCAGAGACACUCGACACAGGAGGAUGUGUUCAUGUAUCCCCUCUUUGCGAGGCUCUGGCGCACAGAAAGCCAACAAUGACAAUCUUUUCCGUCGCUGUCGACAUUGGCUGAGACCGCACCUCCAAGACCUCGGGCCGUUCAGAAGAAGGAACCCUCAGAGCUCCACCCAGGAGAUGGUCCAGGAGCUGGCGCAUGGGUCCUACGGCUCCAUCUCCCUGGACAGGGGGCAAGUGCAGCAGACCACCGACCUUGCCCGGGGCUGGACUGAGGGGAGACGCGGAGAGUCACUCGGGCAGCGGAAUGAGGCCUGCAGGAUGCGGGCCCUCCAGGCAGGCCUGCUGGAGAGGCUGCCACCGUCCAUAGGACCAGCCUUGGCGCCUCGAAACGUGGCCAACGUCACCACCAUCAUGUUCGACUGCGCGGCUGUCCUCACCUCCCACGGGGUCCUGGACCACCUACUUGCUACGAUGCGGCUGGCCUCUCUGCGUGUCAUCUGGCCUGGGUCGCACCUGGGAGGCCCUGCCUACCUUCCCCAGGUCCAGCUGCAACAUCUGGGGCCCAGGAGGGCAGAGCUGGAAGCGCCAGUUCCAGAGCUCCUGCCGGCUCUAGAGCCAGAGCAAGGGCCAGCUCCGGGGCCAGAGGCAGCUCCAGCUGUAGUUCCACCGUCCGCGCCGGAGCUGGAGGCAGCCUCACCACCAGCAGCCUCACCUCCAGCAGCCUCACCUCCAUCGGCCUCUCCAGGGCCGGAGCGAGCGCCAUCAGCUUCAGCCCCAGUGCCAGCUUCUGAGCUGGAGCAAGAUGCGCCAUUGACUUUUGGACGAUCUCUGCCUCCAGCUGCCGAAGUCACCGCAGAAGCGAGCGCCCAGCUGAGAGAGGAGAGGCCUAAGCUGCUGGACUUCCCUCCGAAGCUGGUGGCCGAGCAGCUGACCCGGAUGGAUGCGGAGCUGUUCAAGAAGGUGGAGCCCCGCCACUGCCUGGGUUUUGUGUGGUCCCAGCGGCCCAAUGGGAACAAGGAGUACCUGGCUCCCACCGUUCGGGCCACUAUCAACCAGUUUCUUCACGUGUCCGGCUGCGUCAUCACGACGUGCCUUGGGGACCUCAGCAUGACGGCCCAGGACAGGGCCAGAGUCGUCGAGCUGUGGAUUCAGGUGGCCAAGGAGUGCCGAGUCCUUGGAAAUUAUGCGUCCCUGCGUGCCAUCGUGUCUGCUCUGCAGAGCCCCUCCAUCAGCCGUCUGCAAAAGACAUGGGGACGAGUUGCCAGGAAGAGCUCUCGAAAGUUGAAGAGGUUCAUCAAAGACCAGUGGGUGAGCAGGAGGCAGCUGGUGAAGGAGGCGACCUCUAUGUUGACCAGCCUGGAGACGGGCCCCAUAGGUGCCCAGAAGGGGCUCAUCCCCUUCCUUGGCACAUUCCUCAAUUACCUGCUGCUGCUGGACACCAACAUGGAGGAUUACCUGGAGGGAAAUGAGAUCAAUUAUGAGAAAAGGAGUGAGGAAUUCAAAGUCACCCAGCAGAUCUUCCUGCUCCAGGAGGCAGUCCAUCUUUACCACAUUGAGGCGGAGGAGCGAUUUGGGGCCUGGUUCGAGGCCAUGGAGCCCCUCAGCGAGGAUGAGAGCUACAGCCUGUCCUGCCACCUGGAGCCCCCACAGGAGAGGGCCGGCAAGAUGCGCCGGUUUUUCCUGCCCAGGAAGAACCGCGCAUCUCUCAGCUCAGGGCUCGUCACCAGACCCCUGACGCAGAACCCAGCAACAGUGGCAGAUCCCGGUCCUUCCAACAGCUCGAGUGCAGCCUGCUCUUCAGCGGCGGGGACACAGCUGGGAAACACGCGGGGCCCCAGGCCGGCUCCUCCCAUGCUGAUGGGGAGAAGAACAUCCUAAGCCUUUUCCUGGGACCCCUGGAGCCCAAGAGGGAGGGGACGACCCCACCCCACAGGCCUGGCAUCUCCACCCCAGCGCCUGUUUACCACUUGGGAAGGGGCCGUAUUUCUUUCGUGUUAAUAGUUAGUGCUAGUUUUGAAUUUGAUGUUAAAAUCCUGUUUCUGUUCCAGCCUGCGAGUCACGGUCUGGUUCUUUCCCCUCCUGUGCUCGUGUCAAGGAGACACAGACUCUCGCGUUCCUCCUGGAAUGAAGAAAUCUUGCAGGGUCUCGGCUUAUUGUAUGUGAGAGAAGGGAGAAGGGCCAGGCCCCUCCCUGGAUAGUGAAGGACACCUCCGCGCCCCCCCUUACUCAGAGGACGGGUUCAUUUCAGUGUGGUUCACGUGGGCCAGGAGCAGAGACAGCACCCAGAACUCCUGGCAUUUAGAGGGUGGAGGUACUUUCACAGGCAGAGCAACAACCACUGGAAUGCGGGUGUCUUUCAAAUGGCACGGGCCAGCACCACGACCUGC